AUGGAGUCUGACGAAGAGAAGCCGGGGCCCCUCGAAGAUGCUGCGGCUGACGCUGCGGCUGCGGCUGAGGCCGCGACUGCCGCCUCUGGUGCACCGCCGCGGCCUUGCAUCCGCGCGAGAUACCGCAGGCUGCUCAGAAAAGCCGGCUUUGGGUUCGGCCUGGGCACGUCGUUCAAGCGUGCGGUGCAGGCUGUUGCCAGAAGCGCCAGGGAACAAGGGCCAGGUGGCCUGCCCGGCAGGACCUUUCUGCCCCCACUGGGGAAGGGAGAAGGGAGUGAGCGCGAGGGGCUCCCCGGCACGGCCCGAACUCCCGAGGCCGGCUCGAGAAAGGGGCGGUUGAACGUUCUGACUCCUUUAUCCCCACCAAUAGGGAGAUGGUACUGGGAUCAGGAGACCAAAACUCUUAAAUUAAAAAGACUAUCUCAGUUUUCCCUUUCUGAAAGUAAAAGUAGACCUUCCAUUCACUUAGUCAGGAGAAUCCUUCCUAUGCCUGCAUCAGAAGCCAAAGAGAAACUCAAGAAGGGCAAAUCAAUUCACUUUGUUGAAAAUGAUGGUACCACCUCAGAAAGGUUGUCUGAGAAGAGAUUUUCAAAAAGAGAUGAGAAAUCAACCAAGGGAACUGAUAAACGAUCAAAAAAUGACAAGGUUACUUUGGAUGAUGCUAAAUAUGUUGCCUUAUUUUUAUUACAAGACACUGAAAUGCAGCGUAUCUAUUCCUUUACAACAUUUAUGAGGAAUAAGAAUCUUGAUGAAUUCCUCAUGGCAUUGUUAUACUAUUUAUCUCAUUAUCUGGAAAAACUUUCAUUGGAAAAGAAGCCCAAAAGCUACAUGGCGAGCCAUAUAGAGAAAAAAGAGUUGGCGUUAGUUAUUGAGAGGUUACAAGAGUCACAGAAAUACCUUGCCCAGAAAUAUUGUAUCCUUGUUUUGGGUUUGGGAAUGCCUGACAAACAUCACAUGGCCUGUGGAAAGGAAAAGGUUUCAGAUACACAAAAAGACUGGAAAUUCUUUGAGGCCUUCUUCACCUUCUGUACAUACGUAGCUUGGGUAGUGUUCCGACGUGAGUACCUGAUGGAGAUUGAUGAAGAAAUAGGUAGGCUUUUUCGUACUAACAUGUUCAACAGUGCAAGAAGGAGGCGGGAGGAUGAAGAAUCAGGUGAGGAAAAGAGAAGGAUGACUUUUGUGCAAUUCAGGAGGAUGAUGGCCAAACGUCCUGCAAUAAAAACAACAAUUCAUAUGCGCUCUCCAGCCCUUUCUACUCUUCUGCCCUCCCCUAAAGAACAUGCUCAGCAUCUCUUUGAGAAGAGCCGUAGCCGUAUGGGCGUCCCCCUUCGACAGUCCAACCAGAAAGAAUUGGUCAGCUAUGACUCAGUUGCCAUGCCCGUUGUUGGCAUCUUAGGGGAACCUCGAAGCCUGUUCAACACCUCUACCCUCCUCCCCAAUGAACAAGAACCGAGCCCGGAGCCCACAAAGAGAAACGCUUCCCUCUUAAGUGAAAAUAAUGCCAAGGUUCAAGAGACGUUAGAGUUAGCUAUGAAAGCGCUAGGUCCUCUAGGAGUAUUGAUUAAAUAACUGCUGUUCCUUUCCAUAAUUCAGUUUCAAUAGAAGUAAACUAUUUUGAUUUGCUAACUUCAAGCGCGUGAUUCUGAUGGUGUCUCCUUAUUUUUGUAAUCAGAUUUAAAAAAAACAUUUAAACCUCACUAGAUGAGACAAAAACUACAGCGUGUAAGGUAGCGCUUGUAAGAGCAUUCCAGAGAAAGAAAGAAAUUUUUGACUGGAGGAACUAGGGGAAUAUUUCAGAGGGUAAUUGAGAUGGGCUUAUUUAAUUCUAUGUUUCAAGAAUUUCAUUAGCUAUUUGUUGAUUUUCAUAAUUUCUUGUGAUUAUAUAGAGCAGGGGUUGGGAACCUGC